AUGGUACUGGCGUCAUAUUCCUGUCAAUCAUGUCAGAAGCGCAAGAAGCGGUGCAGCAAACAGCUGCCAGAAUGUGCUGCCUGUGUCCGAAUGAAGAGGCCAUGCAAAUAUCCGCAACGCAAAGUCACGGCGCCUCUCGUAACAACCAGCACCGAUGAUCAUUUUAGCCCUGGAGUAUUGACUAAUAGAUUUCCAUCUUCAUUCUUUAUCGACCCCAUAAUGUUCCAAAGCUAUGGCGUCCAGAUCCCUCAAGGCCGAAUUGCAAUUCCCAAUCGAGUAAUGGAAUAUCUUGCCGACGUUACUUUAUUCAAGUCUGCAGUUGCCGACUAUUUUCACAAUGUCCAUCAUUGGAUGCCAAUCAUCUCUCGUAUACGCCUUCAUAGCCUGCUAUCAAACAGGCCGCUCCAUCAGCAAGAGCCAGAUUGCAUCUUACUUCUCCUGUCCAUAAAACUAAUUUUAUCAACACCAGACCGAAGUAAGAGCACAUCAGAAGUGUAUACUAUUACUAAGCAUUUCUUCUUUAUGGUUGAGGCGGUGGGCUGUCUUACUCUCCAAAUGGUUCAAGCGGGCAUCAUGAUUGCUCUUUAUGAGUUAGGCCAUGGUAUCUAUCCAGCUGUUUUCUCGACCAUCGCAACAUGUGCCAGAUAUGGAACUGCACUCGGAAUCGAUGAACUAAGCGCGGCUGAUCUGACGAGCGCAGGUGGAGAGGAAAAAGUGCGAGUGUGGUGGGGAGUUCUUAUUGUUGACCAUAUUCUAAAUCUUGGAGUUCACGGGCGCCAACUCAGCACUGAGGGUCCAAAGAAUAACCAGCCAUUACCGAUGGAUGAUGAUGACUGGGAUCGACUGGUAGCCACGCAUAGAGAGCCCCAGCGGCUUUCCAACCCAACAGAGCUCAAGGCAGGCAGCUUUGCUCGCACAGCACAAGCUAUAAAUCUCCUAAGUCAGGUUUUCCAAUACCUGGGUAACCUAAGAGCUGGUCUACAAUUAGAACAUGAGCAUCUCGAUCAGCUGAAUCGAACAAUCUUGUCGCUGAGUAACUUAGUCGAAGAGGAAAGUGCCCAAAGAGGGAUUCUGCUCUGUUGCCCCGUUGGCUUUUGUAGCAAUGCUUUGUUACUUAUCAAUACUCCUUAUCUUGACGGCAUUACAGCGGCGCGCCUGACGGAUGAACAGAGUCGUAAGUCGAGGCAACUAGUCCUUUCGGAAAUAGAGAAGACACGGAUUAUCGCCGAGGAAUACCUGACCGGAGAGCGAGGUACUGUUGACGAGACUUGUCCUCUGUUUCUCAGCUGGCUCUAUAGAGCAGCGGCAACAGCAACGUUCAUUCAUCAAGAAACAAAUGAUGUCAAGCAUCAUGAACAGUCACUCUCGGUGCAAAAUUCCAUACAAGAUAUAAGUCAGAGGUGGCGUGUUGCUGCGUCUUAUCUACAACUUCUUGAAACAAGGCAAUUUAUGACGAUGGCCUCGUAA